AACAACAAGUAACUUACACAGAAGAUGCAAACGAGGUUCCUUUUGUACUUUUCUCACCAUCCAAACCCCCAUAAGAAGCGACACAAACAAAUGGAACACAAACCCAACAACAACAUUUGCAAUCCUAAACAAAACCCAUUUUCAGACAAGCCUUCCGAGCUUCUCGGGUCAGGACUGCGCGUUGACCGUUGCAAGAGAAUUGAUGUCAUCAAUGGACGCGGUGGUGAAGGUGUUUUGCGUUCAUACGGAGCCUAAUUUCUCGUUGCCAUGGCAGAGGAAGAGGCAGUAUAGUUCGAGUAGUAGUGGGUUUAUUAUUGAGGGCAGGAGGGUUUUGACGAAUGCACAUUCUGUGGAGCAUCAUACUCAAGUUAAGUUGAAGAAAAGGGGGUCUGAUACUAAGUAUUUGGCUACUGUCUUGGCUAUUGGGACUGAAUGUGAUAUCGCUCUAUUGACAGUAAGUGAUGAUGAAUUUUGGGAGGGAGUGUCUCCUAUUGAAUUUGGGGAAUUGCCUGUACUGCAAGAUGCUGUGACAGUUGUUGGCUACCCUAUUGGCGGAGACACAAUCUCAGUGACAAGUGGUGUUGUGUCUCGCAUUGAGAUACUAUCAUACGCUCAUGGUUCUACAGAACUUCUUGGACUUCAGAUAGAUGCUGCUAUAAACGCUGGAAAUUCUGGUGGGCCUGCCUUCAGUGAUAAAGACAAGUGUGUUGGUAUUGCAUUCCAAUCCCUUAAACACGAAGAUGCUGAAAACAUUGGUUAUGUAAUACCGACACCAGUAAUUUUACAUUUUAUUCAAGAUUAUGAAGAGAAUGGAAACUAUACAGGGUUCCCUGUACUCGGAGUUGAGUGGCAAAAGAUGGAGAAUCCUGAUCUUCGUAUGUCUAUGGGAAUGGGUCUCAAGCAGAAAGGUGUCCGCAUAAGAAGGAUUGAGCCUACUUCUCCAGAAUCCCUUCUUUUAAAGCCGUCCGAUGUUAUCCUUAGCUUUGAUGGAGUAGAUAUAGCUAACGAUGGAACAGUUCUUUUCAGGGAUGGAGAACGCAUAGGUUUCAGUUACCUUGUUUCCCAAAAAUAUACUGGAGAUAAGGCCCUAGUUAAGGUUCUCCGUAAUUCUAAGACUCUGGAGUUCAAUAUAACACUUGCAACCCACACAAGGCUCAUACCAGCUCACAUAAAGGGAAAACCACCUUCAUAUUACAUUGUUGCUGGAUUUGUUUUUUCAGCAGUAUCUGUUCCAUAUUUGUGUUCAGAGUAUGAAAAAGAUUAUGAUGCCCCCGUAAAACUAUUGGAAAAGCAUCUGCAUGGAAUGGCACAAUCAGUUGAUGAGCAACUAGUUGUUCUUUCUCAGGUACUUGUGGCGGAUAUCAAUAUUGGUUAUGAGUAUAUAAUCAACACUCAGGUUCAUGCUUUUAAUGGCAAGCCUGUUAAAAAUUUGAAGGGAUUAGCUUACAUGGUGGAAAAGUGUGAUGAAGAAUUCCUGAAAUUUCAUCUUGAAUAUGAGCAGAUUGUGGUCCUGCAAACGGAAAAGGCAAAGGCUGCAACUCCAGAUAUUCUUACCACUCAUUGCAUACCUUCAGCAAUGUCUGAUGAUCUCAAGGCAUAAACAGAUUGUAUAUGAAGUUGUAUGAAGUGAAUCAUUAUGAAGAGGUCUACAGUGUUAUACAAUCAGAUUUUAGCAGGAAUUGUCAAUAUAUAGACAUAUACACACUUUACUUCAUUUGUUUGCAACUUGCAAUAGAAGAAUACAUUCUGUAAUUAACACUAUGUCUAUAUUCAUUAUAGAUUUACUUUUAAAUUUUUCGUUAAACUUUGCUAGAUCUCAGAGAUUACGUUUGA